AUGCCAAAUGUAAACGCCAAUAAGCCCGGCGCUGACCCUCAUUGGACCCUCGCCCUCCCCCAUAGCGCCAAACACCACGUAGGGGCAUAUGUACAAAAUAAUUGUGACAGCACAAAAGACUCCUUGCAAUGUGCCAGUAAUAGCCAAAGAGGAAGUUUUCACAACAAGGCUGCACAAAACAGCUGCAGCGAUAGCACUAGAAGCAGUAACCCUAACAAUGAAGUACUCUCCCCCGAUUUGUGCACAUCAAAUAAUGCAGCCAACGCUGCUCUUUCGAAAAAUCACAACAAUGAUGACACGUACGAAGUGUACCAGUUAAAUGUAAAAAGUAGUACCAAUGACUCGUCACCGCAAAACUCUAAGUUAAGUGUAGCUAGCUAUGCACAACAGUAUGAAGAAUCUUACGAAGAAAGAACAAAAUUUAACAAAAAAAAAAGCAGUUUUUAUGAUAAUAAUGCUGUACCAGAUACUUAUCCCUUUCUGCAUAGCUAUAAUAAUAGUCAUACGGACAAUGCGAAUAGGAAGUAUGAUAACGGGACACAUCAACAGAACAAUUCCAGUGGCGGAUGUACCCCCCAGAAAAACAGCACGCAGCAUGCUAGCAUGUCUGAUCAGCGCACUUCAGGCGGGCCAAAUAUGAAUGAACAUAUGUUAGUGUUGGGACCAGAUAAUUUGGAAAACUUCUGCUUAGGCAACAAAGGAGCCUCCAAAUGGGGCCCUGAAAAGGAGGAACAGCGCAGCGGGGUAAGAUGCGAAGUAGGAAGUGAUUCACCAAACUGCCUGCCGAAUGAACAGGGUAGUGCCAGCUGUGCUUCCCAGGGUUCCCCACAGGGACAUAACCAAAACGACGGCGAUGGGAACAAGCUAAGCGUGCACAACUACGAUGUAGACAAACUGUAUGAAAAUUUUUGCUUCAACCGAGAGAGAGCAAUGAGUCAUACAAAGAUAUUCAAUUAUGCUGGAAGUGAAGACAUGAAAAUUACCAAGACAAAAGAUAAGACGAAUACAUUUGUCCCAAAGUACAAUAAACUGACAGCCAAAGAAAUCCAUUUUAACAGCCUCGCAGGGAAUGAUAACAUAACCAUUUUAGCUGCAAACAAAAUGAAAUUAGAUCUUAGCAAGUUAUCCGAAAAAAAUGAAGAUGGUUUACCAGACGUAUAUCCAUUUCAUCUUUCCAUUGAUACGAAAAAUGAAGAGGAAAAAAAAAAAACACAUAAACCUCCUUGCUUGGAAAAGUUAUACCCUACAAAUUAUAACUAUAUAAAUAAAUAUAACCACAAUAAUGCUGAUAUUACCCUGGAGGAAAGAAGAAGUUAUAUGAACUCGAGUCAUAUUUUUGAUUACGAUUAUGAUGAUAAUAAAAUGGAGCAACCGUAUGAGAAGGGAAGUAAAAACACAGAGCAAGUCGUCACGCAACGAAUAAGCAAAGAUAUAACCAAUGUGGACAGCGAGAAAGAGCAGAAAAGGAAGGUAAACCCACUAUACAGCGACUUAUUUGGAAGAAAAACACCAGAUAUUAAUCACAAUGCUCCAUGUGAAAAAAUCAUGCCAACAACAUUGAAUUGUAAUUGGAUGUAUUGCCCUAUCAACAGCAGGAAGUAUUCGGAACAGUCCAUUAAUUCUUCUGAUUAUUUACAAUCUUGUGAAAAGGGAAACUUUAACAGAAAGUCAUAUUUUGGUAAAGAAGUAUAUGAUGAUGAAAAAAAAAAAAUUCUUGAAGAAGCAAUACAGAAGGGUUCCAAGGCUUUGCUCAGAGUACAUAUGCAAUCCAUUUUACAGGAUGGUGUUAACUACAAUUUGGAAGAUUGUAAUAAUGUAGAAUCCAGUUACCUAAUUCUACAUAACAUAAAAGAUUCUGUGUCAGAUGCGGAGAUAAAAGAUGCUGUGAGGAACAGCGGUGCCUUCAUAGUUACCUAUGAACCGGAGUAUGACUUCCUAUGUAAUAGACGCAAAAGCAACGCGAAAUUGUGCAUUAGGCAUGCUAAUGGGAAAGAGGGCUUAAAUUUAUUAACGAGUUUGUUGGCUCAGCUGGAAAUUACAGUUCACCUCAUGUGA